AUGGUGCUACCCUUCCCGAAUGAGAUAUGGUUGGACAUCUUCCAUGGUCUGGCCAAGGAAGGCGAGUACGACACGCUGGAAAGAUGCCGAGUGGUGUGCAGAGGGCUCCAACAGAUGGCGGGGGAAUGCCUAUCCGAAUUGUUAGUCAUGGUGUUUGUAAGUACGGAAGGCGUGGAGCGCAUUAAAGUGGAGGCUUCAGGCGGUAAGAUGCGGCGCUGGAAGGGGCCACAGACAGUUCUCAUCCAAGGCGGGUUGGACUGGCCAUGGAAUGCCGGGGGCCGACCGACUGGGCGCCGUCCGAUUCCGCACCUGGCGACGUUUGCGUCGAGGCUUGGCGGAAGAUGGCCUUCUGUUGCAGUGCUGCACAUCUCUCACGCGGUGUGGCGGGCGCGUGAUCUCGAUGCGGACGCCGUCUUCCGCGACAUCGCUCGCACCUCCCUCUACAUCACGGACGUCGUCUUCCCGACGAUUCUGACGCUUGGCCGGUUGGUGUGCGCACUCCCAUGCCUCAAGAAGCUCGAGCUCCUCGAUGUACAAUUCAGCCGGCAUCCUUUCGAGGCCUCCACCAUCUCUCAAUUCCGUCUUCUGCCGCGCACACAGCUGGAGACACUAACUUUGGACAACCGGCUAGAGAUCGACUCCACGGAUCAUGGGCUGAGGCCCUCCGUCGUUGAACUAGUCGACUUCAUUGCUUCCGUCAGUAACCGCAAAUUCUUGUUUCCUCGCUCUUGUUCUACGCAAGUGUAUUUGUGGAGUACCGUCCGAACACUGCAUCUCUCUUGUGUCAUCUUUCCCUCAGUCGCGACCUUUGCUCGCCUCCUGUGUGCCCUUCCCUCCCUCGAAACCCUCGUUUCUGAGUGGUCAUGCACAUUUGUGAAUCACGACUUUGACCUCCGAAGCAUUCCCAUGCGCCCAGGUUUACCACCACGAUUGGUGACUCUCGACCUGAAGUUCUGUACGGACGUCGAUCCUCGCUCAAUAGCUGAUCUUGUCGACUUUUUCAUCACUACUGGCAUUGGUCACCAGCUUCAAGACAUCAAAGUUUGUCUGUCCUCCCCCGGGGUAACGACACAGUCCGAUGUCAAUAGGCUCGUUAGACAUUCUGGCCAAUCAUUGCAUCGCCUUGAUCUCGACUCACCCUGGGCCAUGGCACCUGCCAGCAAAGACGUGUGGCUGGCUGCAGCACGGAAUGCAGCCCCAUAUUUCGAUGUUUCGGAGAACAUGUGCCUCGAGCGUCUAGGUCUCACAGUCAACAUCACUCAUGAGAGUUCGUGUACUCCUGCAGUCGAUAUCCUAUCCCAUGUGACAUCCGCGCAUAUAUCCAAGAUUUUGGUGUGCUUCCGCCCUUACAGCCUCCUCGACUCAUCAUUUGACGUAGACUGGGGAGCACUGAUGGAUGGGCUCCCACAAAUCGAUGCUGUCCUCUCGUUGCCGAUCUUUGGAAAUCUGGUUCAUGUCUUCAUAGGUGUCUGCACGCGGGAGGUGCCAGACGGUGGAGAUGAGGAACGAGUGGAUGAGCUAAGAGCGCGCUUACCGAAGCUUGAUGAACGCGGUAUUCUGGGCAUAUAUAUGAAUGGCACCCGUUCUUGGAAACAUUACGGGAUAGAGAGGGGCGCCGCACAGGGCACUGUAGUAAUUGAAGAAAUGAGCGGAGCUGACGGCGACACCGGUUUAUCCCUUUGCGACGACUCAGAGGCAGUGCCUGCAGAGUUGGAGGUUGUCUCGCCGUCAUUAGAAGCGCGUGCCAAUGCCCAGCCGCCUUCCUCUUCGUAUCGGACAGACUCACGAGUAGCUGCCGAGGGGUGCGAUGAUGGAUUUGGGCCGCAGGGUGCGAUGGCUGCUUUGGAGGCAUGUUCGGGGACCCCGCAGCAGAUGAGUUCGCCAUUGCUCUGUUACCUGAUUGACAUGAACCAGCCCAUCUAUACGUGCUCUUACUGGUAG